AUGCCUAAAGCGAAGACUGAAACUCGCCCUCAUAGUGAGCGUUCUAAGGGGCUUUCUCGCACCAGUCCAGGGAACAGUGUACAGGCAAGCUCAACCGCAAGUCACUCCCUCGUUUCAACACGGGUGCAAGCGAACGGGUCAGGUGCAGUUCUCUCACCCUCUUCAGUAGCAAUCUCACAAGCAUUCUCGUCACAAGGGAUGCCAUUCAAGAGUGUGCUGCCCCCUCACUUUUUGGAGACACUAGUCGCAAAGGUUGCAGACCAGGUUUCUCAUCGUUUCUCAACAGUUCUUCCUGCCCAGACCACUACUCCUGCAUCCUCUCAGUUGACAGAGGUGGCUGUCUGCAUGCUCAUCUUCAAGCACCUCGAUGUCCACCUUUGCCUCACCUUCCACCAGUGGACCAGACCCCACCAGUUCCCCCGCUUCUCCUGA